ACCACUGCUCGAUCACACAUGUAUCAAUCACCAGCUUCUCUGAUCUUGGAUCUGUUCACUCAGCCAUGCGAUGGAAUAAUGAGCGAAACACUAUGGAUUUGAUUUUGUAUUUAUAUAUAUAUAUAUACACCUUUUUUUUGUCUCUCUUAAUUGAAUUCUUGAGAUGCUUCAAGUCUCUAUCGAAGAACAGCCAACCGUUGAGAUGUGUUCUUCAGUUUUCCCGCGUCCCUUUCUUCCUCCCCUCACCGAAUACAUUGCUUCAGAACAGAGGAAUUAAUAUAGAAGGAAAACGGGAGAAAGAAGAAGGAAUGGGAAGAUCUGAGAGUGAUACAAGUCUUUUAUUUUUGCUGUCCGCCUAUCUUCGCCAACAAACCAGUUGGUGAGCGAUCAAACAAUGGACGCUCCGGUCUUCUUCUCCAUAAAGACCCACGAGUCACCUUCUGCUUCCUUCGCUCAAGCUGGUAUUUUGGCGACGUGGGUUGCUGGGGAUGGAGCUGAACCGAACCGAGCUGCGUUGUGUUCUUUCCAUCACCGUCGUCCUGCUGUUGUCGUCUCAUGCAGUGGCUUAUGAUCCAUUGGACCCGACCGGAAACAUCACGAUUAAGUGGGACGUUAUGUCAUGGACGGCUGAUGGAUAUGUGGCGGUGGUGACGAUGAACAACUUCCAAAUGUACCGGCAAAUAAUGAGCCCGGGGUGGACCAUGGGGUGGACGUGGGCGAAGAAGGAGGUGAUCUGGUCCAUGGUGGGCGCUCAGGCCACCGAGCAAGGAGACUGCUCCAAGUUCAAGGGCAACAUCCCCCACUGCUGCAAGAGGACGCCCGCCGUCGUCGACUUGCUCCCCGGCGUCCCUUACAACCAGCAGAUAGCCAACUGCUGCAAGGGAGGCGUCGUCGCGUCCUACGGCCAGGAUCCGGCCGCCGCGGUCUCCGCCUUCCAGGUGAGCGUCGGCCUCUCUGGCACCUCCAACAAGACGGUGAAGCUGCCCGAUAACUUCAUCUUGCUCGGCCCUGGUCUCGGCUACACCUGCGGACCUGCGAAGGUGGUGCCCUCCACGACCUUUCUCUCGGCCGACAAGCGUCGAAAGACGCAAGCUCUCAUGACCUGGAAUGUUACCUGCACCUACUCACAGUUUCUGGCCUCCAAGCACCCAACCUGCUGCGUCUCCUUCUCGUCCUUCUACAACGACACCAUUAUCCCUUGCCCCUCCUGCGCCUGCGGCUGCGAGAACAAGAACUGCGUCAAGUACGUACAUACUCCUCCCCACCCCGUCUUCAAAUCCCAGAUCCCCAAUCUCUCAACCAUCCUUCCACCCACUCGACCCUGGAACAGGAGCGACUCCAAGAUACUGAGCACGCCGGGGAUCAACACGCCCAAGAAGGACAACACGCCCUUGCUGCAGUGCACCCACCACAUGUGCCCCGUCCGCGUCCACUGGCACGUCAAGCUCAACUACAAGGAGUACUGGCGCGCCAAGGUCGCCAUCACCAACUUCAACUACCGCAUGAACUACACCCAGUGGACGCUCGUGGUUCAGCACCCCAACCUCGACAACGUCACCGAGGUCUUCAGCUUCGAGUACAAGCCCCUCGUCGCCUACGGCUCCAUCAAUGACACGGGCAUGUUCUACGGGAUGAAGUACUACAAUGAUGUGCUCAUGGAGGCCGGCGCGUAUGGCAACGUGCAGUCCGAGGUGCUGCUCCGGAAGGACGCCGACGCCUUCACGUUCAAGCAAGGAUGGGCGUUCCCUCGGAAGGUCUACUUUAAUGGCGACGAGUGCAUGCUGCCGCCGCCGGAUGUGUACCCCUACCUGCCCAACUCUUCCCCUGUCAGCGCUCGGGUCAUCCUGCACAACCUCGCGGCGCCCCUGCUCGCCCUGCUACUGCUACAGAUGGCGGCGCCAUGGUAGACUUGGAGAAGCUCUCAUCGAUCGAUGACUCCAAAGUUUUGGGGAGUGUAUGUAGAUGUGCUCGAUGUUUUGCUAGUUGUGAGGACCUCAGCAGGAUCAUGUCAAAUUAAUGGCCAAUUCAAUACAAAGAUCUACUGACCUGGUUUGUUGAAGACAUGCUCGAUGUUGAAGACCUGUUAAAAGAAAGCCACGACGAGCUUCAGACAAGAAAUUUACAUAUGAUGAUGAAGGAAUGAGAAAUCACAAAGAACCUCUCUACACCAAGUAAUCACUCUUUCGAUUCACUCUAAAACUGCUUCUCAGCUGCAGAAAAGACAAAAGUCUUCCACCAGAGGAACAACUAAUUAUCUGCUGUUUAAGUCUCGGGUCAGAAUCUACAAGAAAUUAAUAUUCCGGUUGGAAGAAAGGAUUUUAUUUGUGUACAUCGUAAAAGGUAAUACAUGCUUUUGUACAAGUAGAAAGGGCUUGUGACUCAAAGCCUCAAGACAGAGUGGAAAACACAAACCGCAUAAUGCCCACAGUUUCUACAAUCAUUCUCAAAUGAUCUGCUGAAAAAUUCUAAAAAUACAUAAAAAGAACAGGAAUAAGUAGAGUAUUUUGUUGUUU